UAAUUAAAGAUACAUAUGGGCAAAAGUAUGUGGACACCAGACCAUCACACCCACAUGUGGUUCUGUUGCCACAAAGUUGAAAGCACACAAUUGUAUAGAAUGUCAUUGUAUGCUGUAGUUUUUCAAGAGGCCCAAACCUGUUCCAGCAUGACAUUGCCCCUGUGCACAAAGUGAGCUCUAUGAAGACAUGGUUUGCCAAGAAUGCAAUGGAAGAACUCAAGUUUCCUGCACAGAGCCCUGACCUCAACCCCACUGUACACCUUUCUGAUGAACUGGUACUACUGACUGCACCCCAGGGCUCCUCACCCAACAUCACUGCCUGACCUCACUAAAGCCCUUGUGGCCGAAUGAGGACAAAUCCCCAGACCCAUGCUCCAAAAUCAAGUGGAAAGCCUUCUCAGAAAAGUGGAGGUUAUUAUAACAGCAAAGGGGAAAGUACUUUGGAACUGGAUGUUCAAAAAAACACAUAUGGGUGUAAUGGUCUGGUGUCAACAAACUUUUUGCCAUAUAGUGUAUAUAGAGAUACUGUAUGACUGUAUUAUGUUGUGCAUGACUGGAUUGGAGGGUGCAUGGUGGCUUAGUGGUUAGCAUGUUUGCCUCACACCACCAGGGUUGGGUGUUGGGGGUUUGAUUCCCACGGUCGCUCUGCGUGUGCAGAGUUUGCAUGUGCUGUGAUUGUGCCCUGCGAUGGAUUGGUACCCUGUCCAGGAUGUACCCCAACUUGUCCCCAAAGCACCCUGGGAUAGGCUCCAGGUUCCCCAUGACCCAGUAGGAUAAGCAGUAUAGAAAAUGGAUGGGAUGGAUGAGUGGAUUGGUAGACUCAUAACUUUAAUUUAUUUAUGACAAUAUAUGGAAUAAAAUGAGAUGAUUAUUUUAGUGGACGAGAUUUUUAGUGAAACUGAUAAGUGUAGCUUUGUAAUUAUUGCAUAAUGUAUAUAGUAUGCACUAUGUUAGGCAAUAACACUAAUCAUGGCAUCGUUAUGUAUUUAGCAGGGGUCUCGUUUUGAAUUAUCUACACAGAUCUGGCAACCACGCCUUACUGUCUCUUCUUCCGUUGUGUGGUUGUCCUGGCAUAAAACAACGCAAUCCUUGUCUUUUGGCAAAGUGUGUAGUAAUAAAAACCCCGCUUUUCCAUUCCUGCUGAACUGACACGCUGAAUAUUAGAGGUGACGGAAACUUCUCGGUUUGGAAUCGGUUGUGUAUUUAUGUAAAUGAGAUGGACAACAUGUCCAGCGGUGUCGCUCUUCAAAAGCAAAUAGCAUCGAUCAUGGACGAGCUCGCUAAAGCCGCGGUGGCUGAAAUAAGCAAAGUGGUGGACGAUGGCGUCGUUAUGUUACGGCUGGAGAUCUGCGAGCGCGAGCACGAGAUCGACUCGUUAAAGCGGAAUCUGCAGAUGGUGUCCGAGGAGCUGCGCGAGACGCGGCGCGCGCUCGUCCGCCAGUGUGUGAGCGCCGCGCGCCCCAGACCGCCGCUCAAAGGUGCCAAAGAAAAUGAUCAAAGAGACGAAGAAAGGGAGCCUGAGAUUGAGGACUCAGACAGGCCAAGUGACGACGCAUCAGCAUCCAGAGUGGUUGUAAAGCUUGAAAGCGUGGAUGACGAGCAGGCGGUAGAAGAUGGAAACCAGUGCACGAGAACAGAACCUGACUUACACUCUGGGUCUGCUGAUGAUGACCAACUGGCCCAGGUGUGGUCAUCAGAGAACAACACGGAGAUGCAUGACCCUCAUUUCUAUUCCAAACACGAUCAAUCUCAGCACAGGUCGGAGCAUUGCUCUAAGGUCGAGCAGAAUUACGACUCGCUCGGGGGCAGAGCGGAGACACAGGGCCUGAGUGGAGAAGAGGAGCUGUCGGCGGAUAGCCUGCAUGCAGUUACGGAUGAAUUGCUGAGAGCGCAGCCACGUUCUCACACGCACAACGCGCUCGUGCACCCACCUCCCGAUUGUCAAGGUGAUUUCGGUACAUUUGCACUGAGCAUAGCUUCCAGAGGGAGACCAACGGUUGGGGCAGCCUCGCAGAAGAGAAGAUUCGCCUGUGCCUUUUGCAGUAAGAGCUUCGAUCGACUCAGUCAUCUUGAUAGACAUCAGCGCAUACACACAGGAGAAAAACCCUUCAGCUGCAUGUUAUGUGGCCGGUGCUUCACCCAGAAAAGCAGCUUAAAAAGUCACCUGAAGACCCACCGAGGAUUCACUGGCGAUUUAGACGCAGCAUCUUUGUUGCCGAGUGAAAACAAUCUCUUCACUGAUGAGUGGAAUAUGGCGACUCACUGUGAAGAGCAGCACAACUUUGACCAAAACACUGAAGAACCGAAUUCACACUCGUCCUACCUGAGCCAAGAAGGAGCUCACUUCAUAAACACAGAUGAAGAAAGCAUGCACCAAGCGUACGAAGAUCAAAAGAUUAGAAACUUGCCUGCAGGAAAAAACAACAAGCCAGCUGAUCUACCUGACCUAUAUGAGAAGAAUGGGCAGGAAGAGGAGGAAGACGAAGAUCAGGUGUUAUCCGAUUGUCGGCUGGACGAGCCUAGGCACUCUGGAUCUGAGAGUGCCCUGGAUGAGGAGGAUGCUCAGGCACACUCCUUGAACGCAGCAAGCCUCGGGAAAGACUCGAUGGAGUCUGACUGCGUUAGCAUAACCGAGCAAACCUCAGCUCAAAACCAACGCCGGUUAGAAUCUACCUCGACAGUCCUACACACUUGGGGGGUCUCCGAGGCCAAAAGUGUUGCUGUGAACCAAAUUCAUGUGAAAGAGGAGGAAGAGUAUGCGUCUCGCUUGGAUGAAGAAGAGUCCAAUCCAAAUCCAGAGGCUUCCUAUGACCCGAACACGGCAUCACCUUUAGAUCAGAACUUGACCGCAGAUGCUCUCAGGACCACAGAGACUGCAGCGGUGCCUGAUUUUCCAUAUGACACAUUACCUCGGAGGCGGCAUAUUUUGAACGGACGUGAGAGGCGCUUCCUGUGCGUUCUCUGUGGUAAGAGUUUCGACCGUCUGAGCCACCUGGACCGGCAUCAGCGUGUGCAUACCGGAGAGAAGCCCUACAGCUGUGGGACAUGUGGCAGGAGUUUCACUCAGAAAAGCAGCCUGAAGGGUCAUAUGCGAACUCACACCGGCGAACGCGGCUUCAGCUGCUCGCUGUGUGGCAUGAGCUUCCCCACACGAGCCAGUCGCUACCGGCACCACUUAAGCGACACACACGCACCUGGCCAUCUACAUAAGACAGAGGACUCCCAAUUUCUGUGGCGGAGACGUUUGUUUAUUAGGGACACAGGAGUGUUGAAUGCAAUAAGGACUGACAAGAUGCCGACGUGUGUGACUCUGGAGACUCAGAUUUCCUCCGUGAUGGAGAAUCUGACCCAAGCGGCGGUGGCGGAGAUCUGUAAACUGAUCAACACCGAGUGUGUGGAGAUGCGGUUAGAGAUCCGCAGGGGCCGGAAAGAGAUCGAAGCCUUGAAGGGGAAAAUACGGGAUCUGAAAAGAGAAGCGCAAAAUCCUUCUUUGGUCGCAGUGUCUUUAAUCGAGCCUCAGGCAAAUCUGCGAGAUGGAGAUAAGACAGCUGAUGAUCUCAGCACAGCGCCUGAUUGUCAGAAUGAAGAAAGGAUUAAGAAAACAAAUACUCCAGCACCAAUGAAGAACUUGCAGGAGAAUGAGGUUCAAGGAAGCAGGAAUUCUCUUCCAAGCUCUGGGUGUAAACUGAAUCAGACGAGUACGUUUUCCCCAUCUGAAAGUGGAGUUCCACUGAAGGAAUCUCAAAUCCUUAUGGACUCAUUGACCACUGAAGCUAUAGCCAACAUUGGAGGACUCAACACUGCAGCUAUAAAGGUGGAGGGUGCGAGUCCACUUGUAUCCACAACCGAGUGUGUCUCAGAGGUCUAUCAAGCUAACGAUGAGCAAUGCACAAACACACACAGCCAUGCAGCAGGAGACAACAGCAAUAACUUUGGCUCUGCAGAACAGCUUUGGCCACAAUCUCAUUAUUCAGCGCAUUUCCAUAACAGCAAACAACUCUCUGAAGAAGAAUCAAACUACAAAUACGAGACAGACUUUAAUCAUAUAAAUGGGCAUCGGAGCAAUGAAGGGAACCCUAAUGGUUUGCUUCUAAAGACUGAGGAGAAUGAGGAGCCUUUAACGAAGACAGCAAAUGAACUGGCACCAUGUGGAAUGAUAGACGGCGAGGCUUUGACAUGGCCGUCUUUGACUUCAGUGAACUAUCCGGUAAGUGUUGGAGGUCCAGGCUGCUCUUCUAUGCUACAACAGGCUAUACAUGCUUCCCACCCUGAACACCCUGCAUUUCAUCUCAGUAUGACUGGUGAGAUUGAGUAUAUAAUUGAGCCUGAAGCAAAACAGGCAGGCGGAAGAAAUAUACAGGAUGUAAUUCAAACCACGGCACUUAGACAGAACUCCACUGUGUCCACAAUGUUGACAAAAGCGAAGGUUCUGCCAACAGCUGACAUGCGGCAUAAGCUGUUCUCCUGCUCGUUCUGUCCUAAGAGUUUCCAGAGUGGUGCUGACCUGAAGAGACAUCAGCGCAUUCAUACAGGUGAAAAGCCGUAUGGUUGUGCCGUGUGUGGGAAGCGCUUCUCCCUCAGGGGGAACCUCGUCACCCACGAGAGGGCACACAGUGGCAGCAAGCCCUUCAUUUGCCGCCAGUGUGGGAGAGCCUUUGCCCAUGGCUCCAAUUUAAGGGCCCAUCAGCGUGUCCAUACUGGAGAAAGGCCUUUUCACUGCUCUCUGUGCGACAAGACGUUUGCUUGGUACUACCCUUUCAAAAGACACCUCAGCUUGCACUUUCUGAAUGGUCAAAACUCCUGA